AUGAUUCUGAUUAACAACAAAGGUGAAGAGAAGCAGUUGGCUCCUGAGUUUGUCUCUUCUAUGGUAAUUUCCAAGAUGCGGCAAGUUGCCGAAGAUUAUCAUGGUACAACGGUGAAGAAAGCAGCUAUCACUGUUCCUGCUUAUUUCAAUGACUCCCAACGUCAAGCCACAAAGGUUGCUGGUGAAAUAGCUGGACUAAAUGUUAUGAAAAUCAUCAAUGAACCCACUGCUGCAGCCAUUGCUUAUGGUCUCGACAAGAAGGACUCCAGUUAUGGGGAAAGAAGUAUAUUGAUUUUUGAUCUCGGUGGGGGCCAUUUGAUGUCUUUGCUUACCAUUGAUAAUGAUACCUUUAAGUGA